UAUCAUUGAUUCAAGUUUCAAAUGUCCAACUUUAAAAUAGCCUAUGCCUGUCGUUAUUGUGGCAACAUUAUUGGCUAUAGGUCAGCCAAGGCAGGUGAGACGCCCUACGAUGUCCUGUUGACCAGAACCUACAACCUGAUACACCAGGACAGGAUCAGGGUGACCGCAAAUGGAGAGAAGUUCCAGAACCUGCACUGCUCCAAAUGUCGCUGGGAACUGGGCCUCCAUUGUCUGGCAAGUGAGAAGGACUGCGAGCUGAAUGGAAUCAGUCUCCUUCAGAAGGCCCAUCUGCUGGUAUACGACUCCUAUGAGGUGCCAUUCGAACUGCCACCAGAGACCGAGUGAGAAUAAAGUUGAACCCAACCAUUAA